AUGGCCAACAACAACAUACCUAGUCCUGAUCCCUUCGUCCUUGAACAACUGAUUGAAGAUUCCAGCCGCGAACUGACGAAUCGCCGUCGGCAAGAACGUGCUUUUGCCGGACAGAGGCAACAGAUUCAGCACAUUCAACAUGGGCACGGCCUUCAACAAGUCCAGAACGUCGAACAAACCCAUCCUGAAGGACAAGUUCAGAACGGGGAAGACGGGCAGACCCGGCCCCAGACUGAACCAGACCAGCUCCAAGUGGUGAAUGAAACUGAUACCCGAGACGGGCAACCCGCUUCCUCGUUCACCCACACCUCUGGCAGACGAAGAAGCCGUAGCCCAGACGAGGAGGAACAGAUCAACAUUCCCGAGGGCGCUGAUCCAACCGCCAUCCUCCUACUCAAGGAGCUGCAGAAAACCAACCGCCUCAUCCGCCUACAGGGCGACCGCAUCCACGACUUGGAAAGGAAGCGACGAUAUCGCUCCCCCCAACGGAGACGCCAUCGGUCACAUUCCUAUUCCUCUUUGCGGUCUCCUCCGAGGAGAAAUCGCAAGCGCAGUCCAUCUAGGUCUCGCUCCCCCUCGAGAAGAAACCGGCGCCAGCGGUCUUAUUCCCGCUCUCCACCUCGAAAGACUCGGAAGAAUCAGAAACCUGAAACCACUGAAGCCAAGAGUCUCUCACCCGAGCAGGAGCACCGAGGCCCCUCCAAAGCCGUGCAGAAAGUCCGCGAGCAUUCUCCAAAAGACAACCGCAAAAUCUCGGGCAAAGCACGUACUAAAUCCCAGCGGGGCAGACAUUCAAACUCUCCUGAGCCUAGCGACGAAGAAGAUUUCCGCAGUCCCUUGUCCGAGCAAAUCCGGCGUGUUCGUCUCCCCCGGGGGAUGGAAAAACCACCAGCCUUGGACCACUAUGACGGGACCACCGACCCCGAUGACCACAUAAGGAGCAUCGAAGCUGUCAUGGACUACCAUGUGACCUUCAAGGCUUCAACGGAGCUACCACUAAACCAUGGGGUUACGUCGAGCUGA